AUGAUGGAUCGGGCUUCCAUGAUAGAGGCUGCCUCACGCAGCCUGCGCCAGCAGAUGAACCGCAGCGUGCAGAGGCCCAAUGCAAAAGGCAAUCUUCACGACGGUGCUGCGUUGGACGAGCCCCGUAGUGCGGAGAAUGCCCAGCGCAGAAUCCGCAGCGCUGAAAAUCAGCACAGGUCCAUCUCCUCUGCGUCGCAGGAAGCACCUCAAAGUAGUAUCGGUACGGUGGCGCCGACACCCUCCGCAUCGGCUCUGGACAACUACACACUGGAGGAUGAUGUGGAGGAGGACGCCACCGGCAGUUCAAAUCUGGAUGAUGUGCCCCGCGUCCCGCAUGAUUUUCCCCAAGAGCUAAAACGGCCGGCCAGCAGGAAGAAGGACCCGUCGGCCUCUGCUGCGGCGGGGCUGGGCGCUUUUGCAGGGCCCUCCAGGCAGCCCAUACCCGUGGAGAGCUGGGGGCCACGGCCGCCCUCCCGCGCAGGGCUCCCGCAGAAGGCUGCCAUUAGCAGCCGACCUGCCAGCAAGAUGGCCAGCGACCAGGCGCGCACAGGCAGCAAAACCAGCAACGAGCAGGCUUUGGGAGCAAAAGUUGUUGGAGGAACUUGGGCCUCAGCACGAGUUGAGCCGCGCGCCGUUAGCUCAGGGGCGCAGCGUCAGAGCAAUGCCGGACAGGCUGAUGAAGCCAACGACGCCGCGCGGAGCCGCGGCCGCGAGCGAAGGGCGACGACUCAGACGCGAGGCACACCCGAGGCUGGUGGGGCCGACCUGGGCGUCUUCGGCCGGGGUCAGCCCAUGACGAAGAGCCUCAGUGGAGUCCUGGACUCCGGGCAGCCUAUCCGUCAUGUCUUCUGGGACAGAAGCGAGAGGGAAGAGCAUGGCUACUCUGUCAUGCGUGUCCUGGGGCAAGGUGGCGGGUGCAACAGUCGGGUCUACGAAGUCAAGGACCGGGAGGGGCAGCUGCGAGUGGUGAAGCAGCUGCCAUGGGUGGCCGACACCGACAGAGAGAACGCACUGCGCGAAGUACGGUUGCUAAGUUCUAUGAGGCAUCCGUGCAUCGUCCCGUAUUUGGAGAGCUUUCUGGUUCGGUCCACACCUUCGCUGCCUUCAGAAGACAUCCUCUGCCUAGUCAUGAGCCGCUGUGACAGAGACCUCCGUCAAGAAUGCCUCAGGGUUCGACUGGAGUGGGAGCUGAAUGGGUGCAGAGACAGUUUUGGACGAGCACACAUAGCGGAAAUCCAAAUCUUGUCCUGGCUUGCACAGCUUACUUGGGGUCUUCAACACCUGCAUUCGCGGAAGUUUCUUCACCGAGACUUGAAGCCACAGAACGUCUUACUGGCACAGAAUGGCAAGCGAGUGAUGCUGGCAGACUUCGGUGUGGCAGGACAGGUGGAGCACACUGAGGAUCUACGGCGGUCUAUUGUAGGCACACCCGCGUUCAUGAGUCCCGAAAUGUUAGAAGGUCGGCCAUAUAAUAGCAAAACGGACCAGUGGGCACUUGGCUGCGUGCUCUUCGAGAUGAUGGCGCUGGAGCCCCCAUUUGCAGGGCGGUGCGACUCCUAUGCAGCUGUCGUCAGUGCAGUGCUGCAUGCGCCACCGGUGCAGGCGCCCAGGGGAUACAGCCCGGAGCUCUCUGUAACUCUGGAAGGGCUUUUGGCACGCAAGCCACACAACAGGCCUUCGAACAGAGAGCUGCUGCGCUCGGACCUGUUGCGAGAUCCUUUCCACGACUUCCUGCAGAGUUUGGACAGCCUUGUGGGAGAUCGGAAGUGGGCAAAGCCACGGACUUCCACCUCGGAGCCCCGUGCCGUGGGGUCGGGGACAGCUGUUGGCCUGGCGCGACGUGCCGUGCCAGUGCUUCGUCAGCUGCACUUCGCGCCUGAGGCCGCCUCUGCCUCUAGCCGCGACCACGCUCCAAGCACGAGCGCGAACGCAAACGCGUCCGCCGUUACGGAGCCGUUCGCGAUGGAGGCGCCCUUUGACGCAGCCUCACCCUCAGACAGUGAUUUGGGCUCACCAAGCCUGUCCAAGAGCCAAACUAGCCUAGCCAAGAGCCAGGAGCUCAGCGCCACGGGUAGCUCCAUGCAGGUUGGUAGUGCGAGCGCCCGCACUCCAGGCCUUCCAGGCCUUGUGGAAGAUGACUUUGGCAUCUCCAGAAGCCCAUCCGUGUCAGCUCCGCACCGGGCCACGUCCAAUCACACGGAAGGCUGCUCUUACGCCUCUGACUUUGAGAGCGACUCUGGCCAGGUGGGAGCAGAAAGCAAUUCCUCUGGAGAGCGUGACCUCGAUCUUUUGGAGGAUUUUCAGGAGCCUGGAGAAAGUGGGGGUGACCGGGACGUUGCACACAGCGAACACGGCUUCGCGAGCACUGCCGAGUGGCGUCAGCUGAUUGCCGAGGCUGAGGCGCUCCUGGUGCCACUCCCCGAGGUCCAUGCGACGGAGGAGGCACAGAAGCUGCGAGUGGCGCUGGCUUCUUCUCUCGGCGGAGAGGACAAGGUGGACCAGGCCUUGAACUUCCUCCGGGAUCGCAGGCCGCUGGGCGACACUGUCGAGGCCGAUGAGCUGCUGCUACAGGUGGAGUUGCUGGAUCUCUUGGGGGACGAGGGCAUCCUGAACUUGCCCCUCUUGGAGCGCUUGCAACAGCUGGAUCAGCAGCCUGGCUUCGAGGAGCUCACCGUCGAUCGGGAGGCCCUGAGGACCUUCUCCAGUGAUAGCCGUGGAAAUGAGAGCAGCAGAGCCGGCGUUUUUUAA